AUGACAAUUGAAGAAUUGCAGGUGGUGAAAUCUGACAAUGACGCCCUCGAAGUAGAAGACGACGGCGGUUCAAACUCCCCCAUAGAUACAGAGAUUCAAACCAAAUACCGAAUUUGGAAAAAGAAUACGCCGUAUUUAUACAACUACAUAUCUACGAACUCUCUCCUAUGGCCCAGUUUAUCUGUACUGUUCUUCCCGGAUGCCGAAACAAAAGUACCCGACUCCGAACCUUGGGAAACCCUCAAUCAAAGAUUAUUAGUAGGGACUUUCACUUUAGGCCAAGGUAAAGACUCCCUUUCAGUGUACAAGCAUUCAUACUAUCCCAAUUUAAAAUCAAACUUGAACAUGAACUCUUUAAGCUAUAACUCAGAAAAGGAAGAGUUUGAAGUAGAUCGUGUUUCUAAGAAGAAACUUCAGUUAGUUCAAUCAAUAAGUCAUCUUGGUGAUGUCAAUAAGACUAGAUAUAUGCCUCAGAACCCCGAUGUGAUUGCUAGUGCUAACAACUUAGGAGAUUUGGUUAUUUAUGACCGGACCAAACACUCAAGUUUCCAAUCCUCUUUAUCCAAAGAUUCAAUCACAGCUCCGGAGUUAAGGUUAGUGAGUUCUUCUACAGCUGAAAAAUCAGUAGAUAUGUUUGCACUUGAUUGGAAUCACCAAAAGGAAGGGUCUAUAGUUUCUGCAACCACUGACGGGCAUGUUUCAAUAUACGACAUCCAACAUGAUAUUACGAGCGAAGACACAUCGGAAAUACGAGAAUGGUUGCAUAUUGAUAAUUCUGAAGUCGGAGUUAACGAUAUACAAUGGUUACCACAUCAUGAUUCACUUUUCAUAUACGGAGACGAGCAGGGAUACAUUAAAUUAGCAGAUACGAGAUCCUCAGAACAUAUAGUUAAACGUCACCAAAUGAGUUCGAAACAGGCAAUUAAUUCCGUCUCUAUAUGUUGCCUGAAUUCUUUAUUCAUCGGUACUGGAGACGCUCAAGGAGCCAUUCAUACAUGGGACCUCCGAACACUACAUGAUACUAACACUGUUCCAUUGCAUACUAUUAAUGCACAUUCCCAAUCGGUAACUCAAUUGAAAUGGCAUCCCAAGUUCCACAACUGUUUAGGGUCCAGUUCUUCCGAUGGUACAGUUAAAUUAUUUGCAUUAAAUAAUCACCAUCAAAUGAAUCAAGGUCUACAAUUCAUUCAUGCUGGUCAUAUGUUAGGAGUGAACGACUUUGAUUGGUCUCUACAUGAUGAUUGGAUGAUAGCAAGUGUUUCUGAUGAUAACUCAUUGCAUGUUUGGAAACCAGCCGUUAAAGACAAGGUAUUCACAUAA